AUGACGGCGGUGGGUGCGAGGUUGAGAAGCAAACACAGCAUUUGGGCGUGUGUUCUGCUUUUCGUCUCUCUCUGUGUUGAGGUGGUCACGGUGGUGACGAGACAAGGGAGACUGAACAUGAUCAACUCGGCUCAAGCGUCGUUGGAAGAGGAGCCUCUACUGAAUUUGGAUGAACUGAAUCGAAGGAGUAAUGUGCGAAGACUGCGCUCGAAUGCAGUGGACAAGGGAGAGGGCGGAGAGGCCGUCCAUCGCUCUGGCUCGAAGCGAAAACAGAGGCAGACAGCGACUUGCACAGGAGCUCAACAGGACGAUGCUCAUUCUUUGCCUCAGAAGUCGCGUGUGACUUCAGAAACUGAGCAGCACGAGCUAAGAUCGAUCACGGCAGACGCUUCUUGUGGGGACAAGAGGCAGGCUCCCUCCAGGUCGACGAUGGAUGCCAUGGCGGGAAAGAUCAGCCACCCAACGAGCCUCAAGGCAUCUGAGAAUCGACUGGAGAGUUUCUUGAACAGUAUGAAGAACGAGAGCAGCCGUGACUCGUCGAAGUCUUCCGCCCCCUUCACGUUGAUCGCUCCUCCAGUCCCGCCAGCCAUGAUGGGAGUCAGCCGGCAGCAAGUCAGUGGCAGGGAAGCCCUGGCGGCUGCGGAUAACAGGCAGGAGAAAGACCAGAUGGGAGGAGGGAAAGAAGCAGCUACUCGCCUGCCGGAGAGGACGAGGGCGAGGAGGGAGGGGGAGGUACCCAGAGCUCAGCCCUCGGACGCGGCAAGCUACAGCCUCCGAUCUCGGAAAGGCCAGGAAGGAGCUGAGGGACAGGAGCGGCACGAGCAAGCGGACAGGACGAAGCCUUCCAAGAGGGUCGACGAGUCCCCCGUCACUUCGGAAUCCAACGAGGGCGGCGACUCUCAGGUCGAGCGCAUCCAAGUCUGCGUGAGGAAGCGGCCGGUGAACACGCGGGAGCAGCAGUCGAGCCUCAAGGACGUGGUUCGAGUCCCAGCGGGAGGGAAGGGGAAGGAGCUGAUGGUUCUGGAGUACAAGAAGCGGCUGGACUUGUCUGAGUACGUCGAGCAGCAUGACUUUGCAUUCGAUGAGGUGCUAUCGGACAGCUGCAGCAACGAUGAGGUCUACGAGCGGACGACCAAGUCACUUGUGCGGUACGUGUUCAACAACAAAGGGAAGGCCACGGUGUUUGCGUACGGGCAGACCGGGGCAGGGAAGACCUACACCAUGAUGGGGGGGAAGGGGCAGAAGGGACUCUACCUGCUUGCUGCUCAAGACAUAUUCUCGCUGCUGGAGGAGAAGGGGAGGGAGAGCGAGGGGCUCGGGGUGACUGUGAGCUUCUUCGAGAUCUACGGGGGGAAGCUCUUCGACCUGCUCGCCGAGAGGAAGCCUUGCGUGAAGCGAGAGGACGGGAACAACAACGUGUUCAUCCGGGGACUGUCGGAACACGUGAUAGGGAGUGCUGAAGACCUGAUGCAUGCGAUCCAGCGGGGCCACCAGGCGCGGUCGACGGCAGCGACGGAGGCGAACAUCGACAGCUCGCGUUCGCACGCGAUCCUCCAAGUGUGCCUGAGGAAGAUGGAGGGGAAGGGGCAGGUAGUGGGCAAGCUCUCUUUCAUCGACCUGGCGGGAAGCGAGCGGGCAGGGGACACCGGGAGGAACGGGAACAUCACGAGGAGGCUGGAGGCAGCAGAGAUCAACAAGAGCCUUCUGGCACUCAAGGAGUGUAUCCGAGCACUGGCAGAGGAGGCAAAGCACAUCCCCUUCAGGGGGAGCGUGCUGACGUCUGUGCUUAAAGACAGUUUCAUCGGCAACUGCCGGACUGUCAUGAUCGCCAACGUGGCCCCGACGCAGGAGACGUGCGAGCACACGAUGAACACGCUGAGGUACGCGGACAGAGUGAAGCAGAUUAAGAGGAACGCCUCCUCCUGCGUGUUCGAGGAGGAGGCGGCGGCCCAGGACGACUGGGCGAGCAUGAUGGACAGCAGGAGGAGCAUCAGGUCGUCCUCCAUGGCCGAGAGGGCGACGACGGUGGUCACGGCCAUGGCGGCAUGCCGGAGCGCGAGGGGGUCGAGGACGAGGGGCAAGCUGACGACGAGCCCCGAGGAGGAACAGGGGAAGCACGAGGAGGACUUGAUACAACAACUUGCUUCCCUGCACAGACGUCACAUCCAAGACACUUCCGCCCUGCUGCAGAAGGAGCGAGAGAUCCUGGCGCGGGUGGAGCGGAACGGGCCGUCGGCUUCGUCGUACCUGAGUGGCCUUGGGAAGCUGCUGCAGCACAAGUCCGGGAUGGUUUCACGGAUGCUGGAGAUGCUCUCGAAUAGUUGCAAGUAG